AUGGAUGGUGAGGAUGAGAUGAUGGAUAUUGUGGCUGCCAGAAGCCGGGGGGACAAUAGAGAGGUGGAGCUCAGGAAGCUGGAAAAGUUUUACUUGGAAGCGAAACAGAGAGAAGACGACGAGCAAUCAAAGAGAUUCCAGUCAUCGCAGCAUCGUCCCAGCACAACAGACGACAACUCCGCGGGAGAGGAAACCAGAGAAGAAGAAAAGGAAGAUGAUGCCUUUAUUUUGCAGGUAGUACAGGAGCAAAUAAAGAAUCAUCGCCAAGUUGACAGCGAAACUCCAUCAACAGAAGCUGGUCUCGACGAUGAGCUUGCUUUUCCGCAACCAUUGUUGACUCGUGGGCAACAUCAUUCAGAUGAAGCUACCAUGCAUCCAGGAGCAUAUGCAGUGGCCCCCGGGACUGAUCUCCAGAGAUCCACAACACUCAGUCGUUCAUUGUGGAUUGGUGGUGGCGAACCAGGUUGA